AUGUCCAAACAAAGGGCUACACGUACUGUCGCCAGCAGGUCCGCGGCACCUAUAGGCAUCAGUGGUAAGACGCAGGAGACGCAGAAAGGUAUAAUCUUCUUCGCAUAUUCGCACGUCCAAAAGCUGAUGAAUUCAGGUGGAUUCCCUACUGGGCUGGACGUGGACAACCUGCGUCUCCCUCCUUCCACUCGUAGCAAGCCCACCAGUCUCAAAGAGGGUCCUAAGAAGGAAACAGUCGUUCGUUUACUGAAGCAGGAGGAAGACGAGCAGCAACUUAAUUUAUGUGUCGGAGAUAGGGUACGUCAGCUUGUCUCGAUCGAACUCAUUGUUGACACCAUCCUUAAAUUCCAGGUCCAGUUUACGGGAAAAAUCAGUGAUGUCUUGGUAUAUACAUUUAAUCCAUUUCUUACACUUGUCUUAUUUUUGAUCAAGCUUAUGUACGCCCGCUGGUUCACGGAACAGCUAUCCAAUGAUGGAUUUGAGGACUAUCACAAGAACGGAAAAGAAAAAUUGGAUGCUAUGAAUCAAAGAGCUCUGACGAGGCCUAACACGCGGAGCAUGACUCGAGUCACAAAUGCCCUCUCCAUCAGUGGACAUCCAAGUCUGAAGGAGAUACUCGACACCUUUAUCCAGCAAGCACGUGAUCCACAUCGCCCAUCUCCUGAGCGACUUCCAUCUUCAAAUCGCGAAAUCGUCAAUCAACGCAUUCUUUCGACUUGUCAGUUGCUUGAGGGAGACCCUGAUUCCGCUAUGAAACUGUACGGCAAUAUUUGUGCAGCAGGUUCGAAGGAUCCCACUAAAGAAUGGCUCCUAUGCUUUGGUAUCCCUUGUUCGGUCGUCCACAAGAAAUCGACACCUCGCAACAGUGACCAUUCGUUAUUUGAAAAUGCGGAAGAACUUUCGGAGGAUGACGGGGAACAGCGUAGGCGUUCAAGUUCAAGUUCCAUGACGCUGAUUCAUAUGAAAAAAUGUGGCUGGGAUUUCUAUGACAAGCUGCCCGAAGUAGACAGCAAGCGAACCCCUACAGCAACUGCCAAUAAGAAGGCCCAAAGGCCAUUGCAAGAUGUCACUGUUCGUUCUCGUGAGCCAAGAGGGCCUCGAGAAAGUGGGAGGGAUGGAAGAUCACUGGGAAUACAUUUCAACCUGAUCAUCGAGAUCCGUACGCAAUUAAAGCAACUAUCGUUAUCGACCUUGAAUCUUCCUGAGCGCUGGAAGUUUAUUGGGCAAAUGAACGAAAGGCUUCCCCAACUCGUUCUUCCCGAUGAAUACAAGAGGGCGUUGGGUAAGGCAGAUAGGAGGGUAUCUGGUUCAAAGAUCCACGAGAUAAGCAAAAGUCAAGUCACUUCUCCAGUCUCGAGCAUCAAGAAGCCCCUAUCGGUACAACGCGAUCACUUGUCCCAGUCCUCUCCAUCAGAAGAACCCGUUCAACAAUCGGAUUUGGAGAAGUACCUUUACCAAUCUCUUCGUGAAAGGUUCCCUCUCACCGGCCAGCGUCUCAGAGACGACUUCCAAGCCAAAGAGGUGGAGAAAGUUAUCGAGGAUUGGAAUGCAAUGCCGAGGCAUCUCAAUCUUACGAUCGAUCUCUAUCGAGCUCUCGCGCAGUUAGGGGCUCUCGAGAAAGUCGUCUGGUUGUCCGACCGAGAGAUGGUCCAACAGGACAGCAUGUGUCGAUCCGGCAAUCCAACAAUAAAUGAACGAAUCUAUGGUGGUACCAUACUCGAGCAAGAUAUUGUUAGAAACUUUCUGGUGUACCGCAGCCCGCGAAAUGCCCUCAGCGAAGGCGAGGUAGAGAGUGGUUGUGGAGCAAUACUUCAAAAGAUCAUGGCGGGAAAUGGU